CACAUUACUGAUUCUUCAGUGUCCCCGUCCCAUUCCUUCAUUCCUCCGCCAAGAAGCACUGUUUCUCCUGUUCCUUCGCCAUCUCCUGUGACUGCGCCUAGGCAGACACGAAAGCCUCUUAUUUCCCCAAAAGUUUCUCCAUCCAUCUCUCCGUCGACGAGUCCCAACCUAGCACCACCGCCACUGCCACGAGUUAUGUCAUUUCCACCUCCGCCUCCAAAUGAAGAUUGUUCAACAACUAUUUGCACGGAUCCUUAUACAAAUACGCCUCCUGGAUCACCUUGUGGCUGUGUCUUGCCGAUGCAAGUCGGAUUACGCUUAAGUGUUGCCCUAUAUACUUUCUUUCCUUUGGUUGCCAAGUUGGCCAGAGAAAUUGCUUCUGGUGUUUUUAUGAAACCAAGUCAAGUUCGCAUCAUGGGUGCUAAUGCCGCUAGCGUGAAACCAGAGAAGACAGUUGUCCUUAUUGACUUGGUACCACUCGAUGAAAAAUUCGAUGACACGACAGCGUUUAUAACUUAUCACAGAUUUUGGCAUAAACAAGUUGCUAUAAAAACUUCAUUAUUUGGGGAUUAUGAAGUAUUAUAUUUCCACUAUCUUGGUUUGCCUCCUUCUCCACCUUUGCCAUCCGAUGCUGGUAUGAUUGAUGUCGGACCAUAUUCGGGUAACAACAACAAUGCAAGGGCUACAAAACCCCUGGGUGUUGAUGUGCAUGGGAAGCAGCAAAAGAAUGUGCUUAGAGGGGACGUGAUUGCUAUAAUCAUUCUGUCGGUUUUGGUGGUCGUCGUGUUAUGUUCGGCCCUUGCAUGGGUUUUGCUUUUCAAACAUAGGGAUCAAGCUAGUAACCAAUUGACAAGUCUGCAGCAUCCGCUAACAUCUCAUGCCAAACCAUCAGGUUCGGCUGGGUUCAUGGUUGGAAGCUGUCUAAGUUCCACAUCACUUUCAUUCGGUUCUAGCAUUGCAGCCUAUACAGGAUCCGCUAAGACCUUUACUGCAAGUGACAUGGAAAGAGCCACUGACAAUUUUGAUGAUUCAAGAGUACUCGGGGAAGGUGGAUUUGGUCGUGUUUACAGCGGUGUUAUUGAAGAUGGAACUAAAGUGGCAGUCAAAGUUCUGAAGAGAGAUGAUCAACAAGGUGGUAGGGAAUUCUUGGCCGAGGUAGAGAUGCUUAGUCGCCUUCACCACAGAAAUUUGGUGAAGUUGAUCGGAAUAUGCACAGAAGAGCGCAACCGCUGUUUGGUUUAUGAACUCGUUCCAAAUGGCAGCGUCGAAUCGCACUUGCGUGGAGUUGACAAGAAAUCCGCAUCACUCGAGUGGGAUUACCGCAUAAAGAUAGCCCUCGGUUCUGCUCGUGGACUGGCUUAUCUCCAUGAAGAUUCGAGCCCUCGAGUCAUACACCGUGAUUUUAAGUCUGGCAACAUCUUGUUGGAGCAUGAUUUCACGCCUAAGGUAUCCGACUUUGGUUUGGCUAGAACUGCCAUGGAUGAGGAAGGCAGGCACAUAUCGACCCGUGUCAUGGGAACUUUCGGAUACGUGGCUCCCGAGUAUGCAAUGACUGGCCAUCUUCUUGUGAAGAGCGAUGUUUACAGCUAUGGUGUAGUGCUUCUCGAGCUUCUGACGGGAAGAAAACCGGUAGAUAUGACACAGCCGCCCGGCCAGGAGAAUCUAGUUGCAUGGGCACGUCCGCUUCUAGCAACCAAAGAAGGAUUACAAACAAUUAUCGAUCCAUCGCUAGGUUCGGAUGUACCUUUGGAGAGUGUGGCAAAGGUAGCAGCGAUCGCUUCUAUGUGUGUCCAACCGGAGGUAUCGCACCGACCUUUCAUGGGCGAGGUUGUUCAGGCUUUAAAAUUAGUAUGUAAUGAAUGUGACGAGGCAAGAGAAGUAUGUUCAAGAGGUUCCAGUCAAGAUGAUCUGUCCAUUGAUAUGGAUGGAAAAGUUGGUACAGACUCUUAUUCCACUCCCAACUCUGAUGUCUCGGGUCUAGAUACCGAGAGAGGACUAUCGGUGCCGGAUUUGUUCAGUUCGUCAACAGGAUUCGGGAGGCAAUCAUCCGAGUCGUUUAGGAGGCACUGUGGUUCAGGUCCGUUGAGAGCGGGGAGAGGCAGUCAAUUUUGGCGAAAGAUGCAAAGAUUAUCUCGGGGCAGCAUCAGCGAACACAGUGUUAUGAUGAGGUUCUGGACAGGUUCGCCUUAAAAAUAAACCCUUCUCUUCCAUGCAUGUACAUGAGUAGCAACCGACGGCGACUGCACUUAGGAAUUUU